AUGACCAACUCCCUGUCUGCCGCUAGCUACCCCAUCUACGCAGUCCUCGCCAUGGCUGUGCUCUACCUCCUCAUCCGACACGGUCGCCACGGCCUUCUGGGAUGGCUCUUCCUCCUCAUCUUCUGCAUUCUCCGCAUCAUCGGCGGCGUGGUGGCCGUCAGGGACACCGGCACCGCCGCUAAUAUCAUCUCCAGCGUCGGUCUUUCCCCUCUCCUCCUCGCAACAGCCGGCAUUUUGCACGAGGCUCGACACUAUCGCAUCCAACCCCUCGACACAAAAAUGGAAUGGGUCUCCGUCCUCGCCUACCACAUGCUCGUCGUCGCAGGCGUGGCCCUCACAGCAGCCGGAUCCGCAAAACUCCAGGAGCACCAACAACCCCUCGACAAGGCCGAGAAGAUCGCCAAGGCGGGUAUUUCGAUUCUGGUGGUCGCGUGGGGAUUUUUGGUUGGCUGGGCUGGGUUCUCGUUUACUGCUCCCCGGGGACGGAAUUCCUCGCUCACGAGGGCAGGGACAGUCCUGCUCACGGCCGUCGCCUUCUCGCUCGUGUUCAUCGGCAUCCGAGUCUUCUACAGUCUUGCUGCGCUGUGCACGCAGAGGCCGUCGCUUAAUCCCGUUACCGGGUCGCUGGCUAUCCGCGUGGUGCUGGGCUUCCUGCCUGAGGUGAUCGCUGUGCUGGGAUAUAUUUUUGCGGGGAUCAGGACGCGGGGAGCGGCGCUGUUGGCUCAUGUCGAGGAGGAGGAGAUGGGUUCAGUUCCGCCGAAACCGCGUGCUCAACCUUGGGUUUAG